UAACAAUCCUCACAAUGGACAAGCCCACACACGGCAGCGGCAAUGUCGACGUGGCCAAAGGCGAAAUCAUCGAGGACGCUGAUCCAGCCCUCCGACUGACUGGUGGAGGUGUCGUCGAGUUCACCCCUGAAGAAGAGAGGAGUGUGCUCAAGAAUAUCGAUCUUCAUAUGCUGCCCCUGAUGUGCUGGGUCUACAUGAUGCAGUUUGCCGACAAGUCCACGCUCAACUAUGCAUCGCUCAUGGGCCUCCAGGCCGACACUGGCCUGGUUGGCAAUCAGUACAACUGGGUCUCGAGCAUCUUCUACGCGGGCUUCCUUGCUUGGGAAUUCCCUACCACGUAUCUCUUCCGCAGACUCCCCGUUGGCAAAUAUACUGCGGCCAAUAUCUUCUGCUGGGGCAUCGCCCUGUCCUGCCAUGCUGCUGCAAAUAACUACGCCGGUUUACUCGUCUCUCGCUUCUUCCUUGGAGCCUUCGAGGCGAGCGUCACCCCGGCCUUCGUACUUAUCACGUCGAUGUGGUUCCGACAGAACGAGCAAGGCCGGCGCAUGGGCUACUGGCUCGCCUGCAACGGAGUCUCCCUGAUCCUGAUGGGCUUCAUCGGCUACGGCAUCUCAGCCAUCCAAGACGCCCAUCUCGCCCCGUGGCGCAUCCUCUUCCUCAUCCUGGGCCUUCUCACCGUCGCCACCGGGGUCAUCUACUUCUGGUACCUCCCAGACAACCAGUCCAACGCCAAAUUCCUCGACGACCGCUCACGACUCAUCGCCAUCGAGCGCAUCCGCGACAAUUUCCAAGGCAUCGGCAGCCAAGUCUGGAAAUGGUCGCAGUUCCGCGAAGCCUUCCGCGACCCUCGGACAUACCUCUACGUGCUGUUCUCGCUGCUCAUGAACAUCCCCAACGGCGGCAUCACCACCUUCGGAUCCCUGGUGAUCAAGUCCUUCGGCUUCUCCGACAGACUCUCGCUCCUGCUGCAGUCACCAGCCGGAGUCUUCGAUAUCGCGGGGAAGCUGCUGUUCACGUACGCCUCGGACCGUCUCCUCGACCGCACAGCGAUGGCCUUCCUAGCGAUCCUGUUCGCCAUGGCCGGCGCAGUGAUCAUGAUCGUCGUACCGCAGGACGCAAAGCCCGCACUCCUAAUCGGAUACUACAUGAUCAGCGUGGCCGGUGCAGCAUGGGGUCUUAUCAUGGCAGCAAUCUCAAACAAUACCCUCGGGUACACGAAGAAAGUCACCGUGAACGGGCUACAGAUCAUAGCCUACGCCGCGGGGAACUGGAUAGGCCCGCAGACAUUCCGGGCGGAUGAUGCGCCAGAGUAUAGACGCGGAAAGACCAUCGUGGCCAUUAUGUAUGGAGCGAGUGCGGUCGUUUUACUGGUGCUGCGGUUUGUUAAUAUCUAUGAGAAUCGGCGCAGGGAUCGUGUCCAGGCGGAGGAGGGAGUUGGGCUGGAUGAUGAAGAAACUAGGCAGGCUGUGCAGCGGUCGAAGUUUAUGGACUUGACCGACUUUGAACAGACUCGCUUUCGCUAUGUGAAGUAACUGCAUCAAGUAUCAGAUUAGGAUAUAUGGGUAGUGGUGGGCUGCUGUUUGUGUGAAU